CUGUGGAAAACACGAUGACCAAGAUGUGCAUUUUCAUUCAACUGCUCCUCUUCCUUUCUCCUGUUUGUGGGCAAUUGAAAGUUGCAUAUGACUCCCCUUCUGUCAUAAUGACAUGCAGAGAUGCACAGGCAUACUGCAGGCACAACUACACUGACCUGGCCACUGUCAGAAACAAACAAGAAAAUGAACAUUUUAUUGACUACGGCUGGAUCGGAUUAUACCGAGAAGAUGCAGCAAGUCCAUGGAAAUGGUCCCAAGGUGAUGAGAUAGCCACCUUCACCAUGUGGGACACUAAUGAACCAAAUGCACAGGGAAACUGUGUUUUUAAGAAUAAUGGAAAAUGGAUAGCCAGCGAUUGUGAUAAGGAGCGAUAUUUCACAUGUUGUACUGACCCUUUGGUUCUGGUGAAGGAGAAUAAGACGUGGGAGGAGGCAUUGGAUCACUGCAGGUCUCUGGAUAGAGUCAACACAAAUAAUCCAACCUUUUCAUACUGGAACCACCGCUACGACCUGGUCACGCUGAUCUCUCCAUUUGACCAUACUUAUGCACGAGAGAGAGCACAAGAGGCUACCACUGAUGAGGUGUGGACAGGCCUGUGUAACCUGGCUGGUGAGUGGUUGUGGGUGAGUGGAGAGCAGAUGGAAUAUAAAAAUAUUCCAAGCUGCCCAUCUUACAGCUUUUGUGGCGUCCUUGAGAAGAACGGUACUGCAUCCUUCAGCAUGAGAAACUGCCAGCUGAGAAGGAACUUCUUCUGCUACAAGAAGCCCUAAAUGCACUCAAGGCUACACUUACUUAAGUACUGUACUUCAGUAUAAACUUGAAGCAUUUUUAUUUAAAUUGCACUUAUGUACAUGAAAAUACGCUAUUGCUCAAAAUAUGAAAUGUGGUCAAGAAGGUGAAACGAUGUUUAUAAUAGUUUAUAAGUAAUAGUUUAUAAUACAAGAACCAGAAUGUAAACUAUGGUUUAAGUAGAUGUUCCACUGAUUUAAGAUAUUCCAGGACUCUAGUUUACUGGGGAUUAAGAAAUCUGCAAAGCGAUGUAUCCCAGCCUUUCUAGUUAGUUUCAUUUGACUUUAAAUAAAAGUGUUUAUUUCUUAAAAAAAAAAAAAAAAAGCAGGACUUUAUUUUUUUUUUAAGCUCAUUCACAAUUUGGUCAUAAUAACAUGCUUGUACAAAA